AUGCUGACAGAUCAUUUAGUUUUGUCGUAUGGUUUACACGAGAGGAUGGAUUUAUACAAGCCGAGAAGAGCCACUAAAGAUGAAAUAUUGUCAUUCCAUGCUGACGAAUAUGUCGACUUCUUGCAAAGAGUUACUCCAGAUAAUAUCAAGGAGUUUACUAAUGUGUUCUCCAAAUUUAAUAUUGGAGAUGAUUGCCCUAUAUUUGACGGCCUGUAUGAUUACUCAACUAUAUAUGCUGGUGCCUCUUUGGAUGCGUCAAGGAAAUUGAUUAGUGGUCAAAGCGAUAUCGCAAUAAAUUGGUCUGGUGGUUUGCACCAUGCCAAAAAAUUUGAAGCUUCAGGGUUUUGCUAUGUUAAUGACAUCGUAUUGAGUAUAUUGAACUUGCUACGAUAUCAUGCAAGAGUUCUUUACAUCGAUAUUGAUGUCCAUCAUGGAGACGGUGUUCAAGAAGCAUUUUAUGCUUCCGACCGAGUUAUGACUUUAUCGCUGCACAAAUACAAUGGUGAAUACUUUCCUGGUACAGGUAAUUACGAUGAAAUUGGAGCAGGAAAUGGAAAGCACUACUCAUUGAAUGUUCCUCUACAAGAUGGUAUUGACGAUGAAUCUUAUAUUAGGCUGUUCAAAUCGAUAUUGGAGCCUGUGCUUACCGCCUUCCAACCUGGUGCCAUAGUGCUUCAGUGUGGAGCAGACUCACUAGGAUGUGAUCGAUUGGGUUGUUUUAAUCUUAAUACUAAGGCUCAUGGUGAAUGUGUAAGGUUCACACGAUCGUUUGGUAUUCCAUUGUUAGUUCUUGGUGGAGGAGGUUAUACGCCGAGAAAUGUUUCCAGAUUAUGGGCGUAUGAAACAUCGAUCUGUUUAGACGUUGAACUGGACUCACGCCUUCCUCAGAGUUUACCUAUGAUCAAAUAUUUUGCUCCGGAUUACAACCUCCAUCCAAACCUAUCAGGCAAGCUUGAAAACAAAAAUACUCGGAAAUACCUCGAAUCAGUCAAAACUCAAGUGCUGGAGCAGCUUAGGUUCCUAAAUGGAGCGCCUUCUGUUCAAAUGCAAAUCAUCCCCCCAGAUAUAGAGGGCCAUGAUGAUGAGACUGACCGCGCUAUUGCGGACAAACAUGAGGAUGAUAACAAAGACGAGAUGGAUAUGGAUUUGAAUCUGAAGGACGAAAAAAGAAAGGGUGAGCUUUCUGUGUAA